AUGUCCGACAUAACCUUCAUUGAGAACGCAUCAGCGACCUAUGAAGUGAUCGAGCAGAAUGGUCCACCGGCCAUGCAUCUUCCGUUUGAGAAAGCAAAGGUUGGCAGGGCCGUCAGAGUAGAUGCCCCAGUACUCAAUCCAAUCACCAAUGAAGUUUUGACAGUUUCAAACAUUAUUUAUGAACACCACGAUGAUGGAAGACCUCCAGAACGAGCGUACUGGGUUGGGAGAAAACUGAAAAAGUGCAUCUUUGGAGUGGUGAAGGAAUGUACUGUUCUGAAGUUUAGAAAUGAUUUUGAUACACCAUGGGAAGUGACGGAAGAAAAGGCAGCCGGGAAAAUCAUGUCCUGGCAAAAAAUUAGAGACUUGCAACACAUAGAAGAUCCUCAGAAAGAGGUCGCUGCGAUGCAAUUUGUAUCAAGGGAAUUCCACCCGAAUGUUAUGGGGGUACUGGAUGUUUUGCAAGAUGAAGAGUACCUAUUGAUGUUUAUGCCAUUCUGUAACUCUGGUGAUCUUUUUGGAUUUGUACAACAAGCAGGAAGAUUCCCCGAACCUAUGGCUAGAUUUUGGUUUAAGCAGAUCCUCGAGGGACUGGCACAUUUGCAGAAAAUGGGAGUGUGCCAUAGAGAUAUGUCACUGGAGAACAUUUUGAUUGAUGAAUAUACGAAAUCAUUAGUGAUUGAUUUAGGCAUGUGUCUCCGGGUACCAUACUCGAAUCACAAUGGGGCAGUGGGAGAUGUUACAGGAGGAGGGUUACGGCGAUUAAUACCUCCACUGAUACCUUGUGGAAAGCCAAAUUAUAUCAGUCCAGAGAUUCUGACGAGCGAGGGACCUUUUGAUGGCUUUGCAAUCGAUAUAUGGGCAUGCGGUGUAAUUUUGUUUAUCAUGUUGGUGGGAUUGCCUCCGUGGGAGUUUGCGAGACCAGAGGAUCCGCGGUAUAAGAUGGUCGCAAAGGGAAAACUUGCAAAGAUGCUCAAUAGCUGGCAGAAACCCAUUAGUCCAGAAGCAGCAGACUUGCUGCAACGGAUGCUGAUGGAGAAUCCUCGGGACCGAUUGUCACUUAUGGAAAUCAGAGAUCACCCUUGGGUAAUGGAAGGUGCAGAACAGUCAGAAUUACCGAGAGACAACGAAGGCUGGAGAGGUUAG